AUGCCCUUUCCCUUCGUUCUUCCCACCACAAGCUCAGUCCUGCUGCCAGACUAUUACGACAGUGUCACCCAUCCCUCCCUGCCUUUGGCGGCGACGACACAUCGCAGUGUCCUCAAGGAUGCCUUGAAGAAAUACAAACGUUCAUCGCCCUCGGAAAGACUCAGCAACCUUCCCGCGUUACAGGAGGCCAUCGCGGGAUAUCUCCCGUACCUACAAGCACUCAAUGCAGGCUCAGGGUAUCGCGAUGUCGGCCCUGAAAAGCUCGACAUCGAGGUCAAGAAACCGCUCGAAGUCGAAUGGAGGAGCACCCUCUCCGCGGCCUUUCCGGGUCGAGAGCCUCCGCGACCGAAGUUGGUCGGGCUCCACAAUGAGGUCGCAUUCGCGUUGACGACGGCCGCUUACAUCCAAACGCAACUCGCUCGAUCACAACUCCGGCUUCUCUCCGGUUCCGCCGCGGUCCCGUCCGAACAGCGUCCUGGGAUCAUCACGGCCGCCAUCAAGCACCUCUUGGACGCCCACAGCAUCCACACCUACAUGCUGACCCUCCCGUCCUUGUCUGCAGCAGCCGCUGCUCGGGACGCGCCGAUCGACAUCCACCCCUCGACCAUCUCCGCCCUGGCAUCCCUCUCCUUAUCCGAAGCCAACCUCACCGUCGUGGCCAAGGACGAUCCCUACGCCGCCGCCGUGGCCGACAGCCGCAACGAGAGCAACACGGAUUGGAUGUUCAAGGCGCCGACCAUCGCCAAGACCCGGCUGCGACUGCUGGCGACCAUCUGCCUCGCGGCCGCCGAGCACGCGGCCACGGCGUCCGGCCUCUUCGCGCAGAGCGCCGGCAAGCUGGACGAGGACCUCGUCAGAUACGCGGGCGACCUGCAGAGGACGGCGCGCGGGAAAGCCAUGCGCUUCUUCGCGCUCGAGGCCGACUCCACCGCCAAGACCGGCGAGGCCCUCGCCUGGCUGCAGGGCGCCCGGCGCGCGCUCGGCCUGCCCGCCGCGAGCGACGCCGGCGGCGACGGCGACGGGCGACGCAAGGGUCUCCGCGGCCUGAAGCAGACGUGGCAGGAGCGCCGGGAGGACCGACGCGUGGAGACGCGACACAGCGACUGGGGCGCGGACGCCGGCCGGCUGGAGGAGGGUCGGGUCGUGGAGACGCUGGAGAGGAAAUGGGAGCGCGAGAACCGGCUGGUGAACAUCCAGGCCGUGCCGCCGCUGGAGCCGCUCCUCGCGGGCAUGCCCGGCGGCCGGGAGUUCCCCCAUCAGAUCCGGCCGUUCUCCCUGCCGGAGCUGGACGCGGCGGAGUUCGCACGGCUCCGGGCGCCGCUCGAUCCGGACGAGGUGGCGUACUCCCGUAGGGGAGGGGAGGAGGCGGACAGCGGCGACGAGGCUCCACGCGGCGCCGGACCCGGCCACGGCGCCCCGGCCGGUGCGUUCCCUGGGACCGCGGGCGAGUACCGGAGCGGCACCGGUCAGAGUUACUAUUAA